ACUUCCUUACGAGAUUGUGAUUGUGAUAUCCGCGUUGCGUGAGCUGGGCAGCCGAAAUCUUGCAGCGCCAGAUCCCCACAACUAUCAUCCCAUACUCGGUGGUGUUGCUGGAAGCCUCACAUGUGAGCCCACGAAAUGAAAAGCUAGUCCAAGAGCUGCUCGAAACGUUAUGUACGCAACCAUCCAAGUUUACCGAACGUCUCCGGACCAUGCCUGUGCCGCUUCUAAGAAGAAUGGGACUUAUAUAUGGAGUGAUCCAUGACUUGACUACCGACUUUGCCAGCAGCGCAUGGACAUGCCUACUUAAAAAUGAAGAAUUGGAACUGGCUGGGAGCCUCGUUUUGUCGCCGUCAGAAUACCUCCGCUUUUGCCGAGCCUUUUAUCGGGUGGAGUUAUAUCUUUGUCUCUUCCGCUGUAGAACUCGGUUGACGUCUGUACCCUUUGGUGAACACCACUUUUUUUCCAACCAGCCACCAUGGGAAAAGGAGCAGCUCAUCUCUGUCCUGGACUUUCUAGAGCUCAAGCUCUCAAAGGGAUCGACUAUAGUUAUCACGACUGCUGAGCAUAACCAAUUCAGGCAACUCUUGCUAUUACAGGGUGUCGACUUCAUCCACAGCUUGAUAAGUGAGAGCUCAUACGACGACAAAAAGGCGCUAUUAAAGUCUGCGUUCCUUGUUCCAUAUGGCCAAGCCAAUCUCUACAAUGCGCUUAUAUCACGGCCCGAAUCGGACUUAAACAACAUUGUCACAGUUUCUGAUUACGCUGAUGAGGACGACCUGGAAGCUCUGUUUCCGCCUAUUGAAAGCCACGACCAGAACACAGAUAAGGGCCCAUUUGAAGCAUGGCGUGUGGCCUUCAACCGCUUCAGUACGUGCAUGUGGGUCAUGCUCACAGAUAACUCUGAAUUGAGGGAGUGGGCUUAUGUCUUCUGGGACUUGGAUCGCAUGGAAACUUCCGGCAUGCUAGAACUGUUUGAAUAUGCCCCGGGGUAUUCUGAGCUUGAACUUGCCUGCUAUGAUGAUAUAGACGAGAUGCGCGAGUCGUUUGAAGAGCGCUCAAAGAUUUGGCGAAAGGGCGGGUCGGGUUAUUGGAGCAAAAAUGAUGAAAGCUGAAUUGCAUGGGGCUCUGAGCCAUUGUGAGCCAUCUGCUUUACAAUCAACAAGACCACCACUACCUUACCUACUAGAACUAGAAUUAAUGACUGCGUCCGAUUUUGACGAGCUAAAGAAUCACGUAAGACAGACAGCCCAUUCUGUGGGUCGCAUAUAGGAUUGGAGAUGCCAUUUUCAGAUCCCAAAGGCCUCCUCCAGUCCUGGAGACGUCUAUGCUAUGUACCCAAGGUAGGUAGGUACCUAUAGAUAGGCAACAUUUAUAAUCAAAAUGCAACACACACUCAUGUACG